UAUAACUAGUAGGGGAUCCUCACCGACCAUGGCCACAGCUGCCUCGAAUCCCUACAGCAUUCUCAGUUCCAGCUCUAUGGUCCAUGCGGACUCUGCGGGCAUGCAGCAGGGGAGUCCUUUCCGAAACCCUCAGAAACUUCUCCAAAGUGAUUACUUGCAGGGAGUUCCUAGCAAUGGGCAUCCCCUCGGGCAUCACUGGGUGACCAGUCUGAGCGAUGGAGGCCCAUGGUCUUCCACACUGGCCACCAGUCCCCUGGAACAGCAAGACGUGAAGCCUGGGCGCGAAGACCUACAGUUGGGCGCAAUCAUCCAUCACCGCUCUCCGCACGUCGCCCACCACUCUCCGCACACUAACCACCCGAAUGCUUGGGGGGCGAGCCCGGCUCCGAAUCCGUCCAUCACGUCGAGCAGCCAACCCCUUAACGUGUACUCGCAGCCGGGCUUCACGGUGAGCGGCAUGCUGGAGCACGGGGGACUCACUCCACCGCCGGCCUCUGCCUCCACGCAGAGCUUACACCCAGUGCUCCGGGAACCCCCAGACCACGGCGACCUAGGUUCGCACCACUGCCAGGACCACUCGGACGAGGAGACACCAACCUCGGAUGAGUUGGAACAGUUCGCCAAACAGUUCAAACAAAGAAGAAUCAAGUUGGGCUUCACGCAGGCUGACGUGGGGCUGGCGCUGGGCACACUGUACGGCAACGUGUUCUCUCAGACCACCAUCUGCAGGUUCGAGGCCUUACAACUGAGCUUCAAGAACAUGUGCAAGCUGAAGCCGCUGCUGAACAAGUGGCUGGAGGAGGCUGAUUCGUCCACAGGGAGUCCGACCAGCAUUGACAAGAUCGCGGCGCAGGGCCGCAAGCGCAAGAAGCGAACCUCUAUCGAGGUGAGUGUCAAGGGCGUACUGGAGACGCAUUUCCUCAAGUGUCCCAAGCCUGCCGCGCAGGAGAUUUCCUCGCUGGCAGACAGCCUCCAGUUGGAGAAAGAAGUGGUGCGUGUCUGGUUCUGUAAUCGAAGACAGAAAGAGAAAAGAAUGACUCCACCAGGGGAUCAGCAGCCACAUGAGGUUUAUUCGCACACGCACACGGUGAAAACAGACACGUCCUGCCACGAUCUCUGACUGCAGGAAGCGAGGAAGCAACCGGCCGCACUGGGAGCAGCGCGGAUUUCUCUUUCUCUUCCACUCUCUUCCUUUUACUCCAGCUUUUUAAUUGCUAUUUCUCUAGCUCUCUGUCUCUCUCUCUUUUUUGUUGUUCGUUCUUUCUUUUCCCCCUCCCUCCACUUUUUUUUUUUUUUAAACAGGGGAUUCUAACAUAUUAAGAAAGAAAACACACACACGCAUUCAGGCUUCUCAACGCGGAUACACAGUUGCCUUAAGCGGUCCAGGCGGGGACCUCAUAUCCCCUGCGCCAGGCAACAGCUCCCUCCAACCUUUUCUGCUGAUCAAUAUAUAUUGUUUACUUUGAGUAAGGUUUUUUGUUGUUUUUGUUUUUGUUUUGUUUUGUUUUUGGU